AAACAUUUACUAUCACCGUUGAUGAAAAACCCAAACCAGUGGAAUUCAACGUUCUUGCGAUGUUGUACAAGCAAGGUAAUGAAGAAUAUCUGGAAGCCUUUGCAACAGAUAGCUGUGAUGAAUUUGUGCGUAACAUCAAUGCAAAUGGUGACCAAAUCGAAUACCAAGUUUCUCCCGGAAAAGUAGUGAAGGUAUUCGGCCAUAAAAGUGAACUGAAGGCAAGUCCUGACUUUAAAAAAUCACCGUGGGAAAAAAAGAGUCGUUUAGAACCAGCCACAGAGCGGCCGGGCUCAUCUCAGCCCCCAUCGAAGCCCAGUACUAGUGGAAGAAGUACACGCCCAAGGGGUACACCUCAGCACCCUAUAGGACUCAGCAGUCCUCCAGUAGGAAGUGGUAAAAGCUUUCCGACCACAUCCCAGCCCUAGAAAGCGCAACAAGAAGUAAAUUGUGACUGUCCACGAAAAUUCAAGGGGGCAAUCUU